GCGGAUCGGGAAAUCUUGGCUGCUGUCUCCACCUUGUAACGGAAGCCCUCGCGCAUACGGACCACCUGGGUGGGACAACGAAACACGAAAACUACCUCACAAACGCAAGAGGCAUCAUGAAUUUUUUUCUGGUUAUUGCGCUGCUCGGCAUUGCCUCGGCGCACCCUGGUGUUAGGCGUCGCCGCGAGGCGUACCUGCUGCCCGACGGCGCGGAGCUCCUGCUGGGCAGCGUCAAGACGACGUUCAAGUGUCCCGGCGACGGCUACUACGCGGACAUGGACAACGACUGCAAGGUGUUCCACAUCUGCCACGACGUGCUGGGCCCGCAGGGUGCCACCGACCACGAGAUGCAGCACUUCAGCUUCCUGUGCGGCAACCAGACUGUCUUCAACCAGCUGAGCCUGACCUGCGCUUACGAGGAGGACUCGGUACCCUGCCAGAACGCCAAGGACUUCUACUACCUGAACGCCAACAUCGGUGACCCCACCGCGGAGUUCUUGAGCGACAACGACAUCCAGCGCGCAGCGCCGCUGGUGCCGACGUUCAAGGCGCACGCCGCGGCUGCCGCCCUGUCCGCUGGCCCUGCCCUGGCGGCUGGCCCCGCCAGGACGGCUGGCCCCGCCAGGACCGCUGGCCCCGCUCGGACGGCUGGCCCCGUCCAAGGCCCACCGGCCCAGGGUCCGAGCACUCUUCUCAGGGCGCCUACCGCUGGGCCCCCGAUUAGGACUCCUGCCAGGGGUCUGGGGCGCGGUGCGGCUGCAUCCGAAGUCAAGGAAGUAACGGUCACGCCACCGCCGACCACACCGCAGCCAGCGACGAGCACGACACUCAAGGAGGAGUAGAGACAGCUGCUUGGACGUCCUCUCUAUCAUUCUCAUCGUACGCUCUCUUCACGCGAACAUAGCCCCAUGUUUUACGGUGUGUCGUCGUCCCACUCUGUCCACGGAGAUAUGCCUCUUCGCUCGACAUUUCGUUCCUGAUCGGUGCAAGGUAGCCAGGCAGGCGCGUGGUUAGCCUCCUUCUCUUUAUCUGUAUUUCGUCUUUCUCAUGACUUCGUUUAAAUCAUGGCGCGUUCCAGGGGUGACUGUAGUUCUUUGCUUCAGCUUGCCGUCUAUUCACCUAUAUAAUGGCUUGGUGCAGUAUGCGCUCCCAUAGCUACUAGAAACACAUAUUUCUCGUUUAAUUUUUGGGAUUCAAUAAGAAAAAUCCGUGAAAAUGUACAGAAGCUGUCACAAAGUACAUGUUAUAAAUGCCUUGUGAGGUUCUUGGCGAACUGUGCACCUGAAAGACAUCCUCGUUACGAGACGAGUUGCUUUGAUUAAUUGUUUCCGAUCACUCGAGCAAUGUUGGUGUUGCUGAGAAAGAAGUAAAAAAGAAAACUGUGUUGUGUUCACAAGAGUCAGCGAAAAGGAUGACAGGUUCUUUCAGUAUACGAAUGCGGUGAUAUUUUUUUCUAUAAGUGACGACUUUGCGACUGAAAACAAUUUCAUCACAAUAAAUGUUUUUUUUU